ACAAAGAUGAACAUAAAAACUGGUAAACAAAAGGAGAGAGAGAAAAAAAAAGGCAAAAUAAACCGGUGUGGGCAACCCCUUCCUCGGCCACCGGAUCACAAUCCGACGGUCCACACGGGCCAUGUGGCUCGAGAAACGGGGCAAAUCGGCGACCAGAAUCCGCGGGGGCAACCGAACCGAACUCCCGCACGGAGGCGGCGCGGCGCAGGAGCACGGCGGAGCGGAGGGAGUCGGAGUCGCGUCCAAAACCAAAAGGAAACCACGGCAUUUUCCUCGCUCCCUUCUCUUCUUCCUUUCUCUUCCCCCACCCUUCUCUACUCUCUCUUCUUCUUCUUCAUUCCAAUCGAAGAAGAGAAGCGAAGAGAAGAGGGUUAAUCCGCGCUAUAUAUAGCCGCCUCAUGCAAUCGCAAACCUAAGCUGCUCUGCUCCGCGGCACACAACACGCAUUCUGGUUAAUCCCCUCUCUUUGUCUGCGCGUGUGGUUUUCUUGCCAAUGGAGUCCUCGCCGGCGGCGACGGUGACCCCGGCUGCCGCAGCAAUGUCGGAGGCGCCGGCGGUGGCGGCGCCGAGGCCGAGGGACCCUGGGUUGUUCGGAAGCUUCGACCUCCCCGCCGCCUGGGGGUGCCGCAGGCCCAUGGCUUUCUGCAGGGACCUUGACGCCGCCGCCUUGGUCGGCUCCGAACCCAACGCCGCCGCCGCCGCCGCUGCUGCUGGAGACGCCGUGGAGCCCAAGCGUAACGCCUCCCGAUCGCCGCCCAAAGGAGGCGACGCUCCUGUGGCGGCGGCGGCGGCGCAGGAAGCUCCGCGGAAGCAGUGGAACCUGCGGUAUCGGAAGGGCGGGCGGGACGGCGGCGAGGACGCGCUGCAGAACAAGAAGCUCUGGAACAUGGAAGCCGCCGGCGGCGGCGGCGGCGGCGGCGCCAGGGCGAGCCGCGGGUUCUCGGUGGAGCUGACGCGCCAGGAGAUCGACGCCGACUUCUUCGCGAUCACCGGCCGGAAGGCGCCGCGCAAGCCGGCGAAGCGGCCCAGGAGCGUCCAGCGACAAGUCGACUCGAUUUGCCCUGGGAACUCGCUCUGGGAGGUGAGCCGCGAUCGCUACAAGGUGAACGAGAAGGGGGGAUUCUGAGUUGCUCCAAGAAGGAGGAGAUGGAUUUUCCGAGAAGCAAGAUCAACCAUUGGCUUAUCGUAGUUAUAGACAGAGAGAGAUUCAGACUGUCAGUCAGAAUUGUUUCAGUGCAUCCAUGCUUAUGCUGUUGAUGAUGAAUCUUGUGUAGUUUUUUACCUGACUGUUGGGGUUUUGCUUCUCGCUUUCGUGAAGCCUCUGCAAACUCUUCUUUCUUUUAUGCCUAGUUCGGAAACAGUUAACAGAAAGAAUUUCAAACUCUUGAUUUCUGGAUGUGAGACAUGGAUACAUGAUAGGUUCUUCGUUAAUUCUGGGUGGUAUGAAAUCUUUGGCAUUGGCUUCAA